AUGGAUCACGCUGUUGACGGAGGAUCAUAUAUCCUUGAAGAAGUUGAGUUAGAAGUCGACGACAGCAGUGAUGGCGAAUAUGUUAAUGUCCAGGUUGAAGAUUUACCCGAAGAAAAUGAAAAAUCUGAGGAUGAAGAAAAUAACCAACCAAUGCCGCAAGUUCCUCAAGAUAAUCAACCUGUUGUAGUUAAAUAUAAUGAAGUUGUAGAUGAUUUUGUUAGAAAUUUCCUUAAGAAAAUGAAUAUGACUGAAACUUUAGCAACAUUUCAACACGAAUGGUACUCUACAGAAAGACCUAAUCUAUUUUGUGAUCUUACUGAAGAAAUUGCUGAUAUUAAACAGAAAACAGAACAAAUGGAACAAGAAAGAAAGAAAUGGCAAACAGUUAGAGAUGAAGUUCAACAGACUUGGGACAGACUUAAACAAGAGCGAAAUUACCACCGUGAUGGUCUCGAAGCUCUUGAGAAAGAAAAGAAAGAUCUUACAGAAGACUUACGAAAGAUGAAAAAGACAAGAAAGCGGUUAGAUCCAGCUCUUGCUGAAUUACAGCAAAAGUUUGAGCAAGUCAAUAAAGAGCGCUCCUUGUUAAGAAUAGAAAGAGAUAGAUUGAUGGCUGAAAUCCAAAAAUUACAAAAGGAUGGAGGUGAUGCCCAACAAAACAAGGACUGA